CUUCUCACCCUCCUGGGACUUCACUGUUGCUUUCUCACACCAGCCACUGAACGCGCUGCGAAUAGAGACGUUACAUUCGCAAUCCGAGGCAGUUCAACCUGUUGGAAGGUUCUACCCCAUAACAGCUCGACCAUCCGGAGUUUGCGGGCACUCAGAAUGCGCCUAGCAGUACGGAUCAGUGCCGUUCUAGGACAUCCCCGCAGUACGGAACAAGCUGCUAUUUGUUGUGAUUUCCCAAACAUGGCGAUAACUGCUCAUCCAGGGGUUUCCAUUCCCAUCUCUUUGAGAUAACUACCAACAAUCAGUGACCCAACUUCCAAAUGUCACAUCCGAUGGAUCUGACAGCCAAUAUCAAGACGAAAGUCAUCCUCGUUGGUGUUGGAGGCGCCACGUGUUCAGGUAAGACAACGCUGGCUAAGCACAUGAAGGAUAUUCUUCCGAAUAGUGUUAUUAUUCACCAAGAUGAUUUCUUUCUGCCGGAAGAGAUGCUUCCCACUCACCAAGGUCUCAACACCAAAAAUUGGGACGGGCCGAGCGCUGUUGACUGGCCUCAAAUGCGGAAGUUUCUCCGGGAUGUUAAGUGCACCGGUAGCAUCCCACUCGACCAUAUAGGCUACGAUACCCUGGAUGAUGGAAGAGAUAUACCUAUCGACGGGAAUAAGGCAGAGGCCUGGAAAGCACGAUUUCAAGAUCUGGAGCAACGCUAUUUGGUUGUUGCCAACACCAAGGUAAUUUGGGUGUUAGUUGACGGAUUCAUGUUAUACUGGGAUCAGGAUAUCAUUCGUCAGCUGGAUGUUUGCAUCUUCUUGCGCGUACAAGAGCACAUACUGAAAGAGCGACGUUACACGCGAUUUCGGCUACAACCUGGAGUCAGUGAAUUUUUACCUUGGACUGAUCCAGAAGGUUAUUGGGAUAUUAUCUGCUAUCCUGAGUAUAUUAUGACACAUAAGAGCCUAUUCAAGGAUGGAGAAGUUGAAGACGGCGAACCAAGUGAGGGCCAGGUGAAAGGGUUGCUUGUGAUCGAGCCUGAAGCCAAGGAGAAAAUGGCAAUGAUAGAUAUUGUAGGGGUUUGUUUGGAGAAGCUUGCUUGUGUGGUGAGCGAUCUCCACGAUGGGAUAUUGAUUGUGUAGAAUAUUCAGUCAAGUUUUCAACACCUCCGUAUAUAUAUUGGAAGCGGUCACGUUUGAUUCUGAGGCAACAGGCUGGAGAAU